AUGAAUACCUUACCGCAGCUGCAGCAACUAACUACAAUUCUGCAAAAUCAGUGUUGUGUAAUACCAUCGGAAAAAAGUGCCUCAAAGACAACGGAAGUUCCACAGCCCCUGACGACAAGCACAACACCAACAACAACAACAACAACAACAACGACUACAACCAAAACACCGAAGGCAAAGCAACCUCCGUUUUCCUCGUGCAAAGAUGUUCCAUCGAACGUGUCUGGAACAUAUCUGCUCCGUGUGAAAAAUGAUAGUGAACCGUUCGAAGUGUAUUGCGAACAGAAUGCGUUCGAUGGUGGAUGGAUCGUGAUGCAGUACCGUUUCGACGGAUCACUGGACUUUUAUCGAGGCUGGAAUGAGUUCCGUGACGGAUUUGGCGAUUUGAACAAAGAGUUUUGGUUGGGUCUGGAAAAGGUCCACCAGAUAACAAGUGGCCGUAAGCACGAACUGAUUUUUGAAUUGAAAGAUUUUAAUGGAACUUAUGGAUACGCGCUGUAUGACGCAUUUGAAAUAGGUAGUGAGAGUGAGCAAUACAGCCUGAAGGAUCUUGGAAAGUAUAAUGGAACUGCCGGUGAUACAAUGUCUUAUUUUAAGAAAAUCAGGUUCUCAACCAAAGAUCGGGAUAAUGAUGAAUACUUCUUCAGUUGUGCACACCGCCACGAAGGUGCAUGGUGGUACUAUAGAUGUACUCAAGCAAAUUUGAACGGGCCAUACAUCAAUGCAAUCGAUUUAAAAUCAAUGCAUUGGUUUUCUAGCGAAAUCAAUUUACAAGCAUUGAGUUACUCGCGAAUGAUGAUUCGUGAGUUGGAAUAG